AGUGUUUCUGAGCCCGAAGGACAGAGAGAGAAAGAAUCACAGAUCAGGACAGAAGGAGGAGAGAAGAGACGAGACGGGCCGAACACACCGAAUCAUGGCCACAGCAGACACACAGAGUCCGCAGCACAUCCAUCCGUCCGAUCCCCGCGCACCGAGCCUCACGUCACGGAUCACCGGCACCGCAACCGAGCUCACUGACACCACGGCGGAUCCGAGGCCAGAAUGAGGGUGAUUUACGUCCAGAACGCCGGCGUGGUCGCUGCUUUCUCGCCCGAGAUUUUCUGCGGUAGAUUGAAACAAAGGAAUAACGGAGAAAUCAUGACCGAACGCGCCACGGGAAAGAGAACACGUCAUAACGGAGUAGGAUACGUCAUAAUGGAAUAGAACGCGUCAUAAUAGAAUAGCGCACAAUAGAAUACGUCGUCGUUCUUAUUGUGAAUGAUACAUUGUAGCAGUUUAAUAAGUGUCACAUGGCACGUGUUUAAUAGUUUUCUUUUUUAACGAUAUGCCUUUUAGUCCGUUUAUAUCCCCGUUUCAUAAUUAGACCGCGGGAUUAUUAUUAUUUCGUUUCUCUUGUAGAUAUAGCCGGCUAUAGGUAGGAUAGAUAGACAUCUCAUUAAAAUAUGAGUCAAUAUUGACAAUCAUAAAUAAGUUAACCUAAUUAAACAUUUUACAUUGUAAUUUAUUUAUUUAUUUAAUAUGCUGAUUAGCUAUACCGAUUAGGUGUUGUAUUAUCAAUAUUUCAAAGCAUUUAGUGGAGAUAUUUAAACAUAGAGGGCGGGGGGGUUUAAAUAUCGUCCUCCCGCAUGAUGGAGACACAGAGGCCAGGUGACCCGUCGGGCCCCUCAGUGGUGCAUGUGGCAGAGGCUCCUGGGGGCCCCGGCGAGGUCAAGCGCAGCAACUCUGGUGUGAAGAAACAUCAUCACAAACACAACCUGAAGCAUCGAUAUGAGCUGCUGGAGACCCUGGGGAGAGGAACUUAUGGCAAAGUCAGGAAGGCCAUUGAACGCCAUUCUGGAAGAGAGGUUGCCAUCAAGUCUAUAAGGAAGGAGAAGAUCAAAGAUGAACAGGACAUGGUUCACAUUCGACGAGAAAUCGAGAUCAUGUCGUCUCUUCGCCACCCACAUAUCAUCUCUAUAUAUGAAGUGUUUGAGAACAAGGACAAGAUAGUGAUCGUCAUGGAGUACGCCAGUAAAGGGGAACUCUAUGACUAUAUCAGCGAACGCCGUCGGCUGACUGAGAGAGAAACCCGACACUUCUUCAGGCAGAUUGUCUCUGCUGUGCACUACUGCCACAAGAAUGGUGUUGUUCACCGAGACCUGAAACUGGAAAAUGUGCUACUGGAUGAAAACUGUAACAUAAAGAUUGCUGAUUUUGGGUUGUCUAACCUGUAUCAUAAAGACAAGCUCCUCCAGACCUUCUGUGGUAGCCCACUGUAUGCGUCCCCAGAGAUUGUCAAUGGCAGACCGUAUCGUGGUCCAGAGGUGGACAGCUGGGCUCUGGGAGUGUUGCUGUAUACGCUGGUCUAUGGCAGUAUGCCAUUUGAUGGAGGGGACCACAAAAAUCUCAUUCGGCAAAUCAGCAAUGGAGAGUACCGAGAACCAUCCCAGUCAUCAGAUGCUCGUGGUCUGAUCCGCUGGAUGUUGAUGGUCAACCCUGAGAGGCGUGCCACAGUGGAAGACAUUGCCAAUCACUGGUGGGUUAACUGGGGAUGGAAGAACAGUGUGUGUGACUGUGAAUCGCAAAGAGAUAAUGGUUCACCCAUGCUGGCUCGUCUCAUCGACUGGCAGAACCGGACCGAGCCUCGACCCACUAAAGCCAUCCGGUCCGAACCAUUCCUGCUUGUCCGUCAACGGCCCAAAAAGUCCAAGAAGGAGAAUGAUGUUGGAGUGUCCCACUGUAAUGGAGAGGACAGCUUGGGCCUCAAGAGACCAAAGGGCAUCCUGAAGACAAGAACCUCUGAAGAGCAACGCUCUCCAAGUUUGGAGGAGAUCGAGUCUGGUGCUGGAACCCCAGAGAAGGAAUCUGGGCCUGAUGGUGAAGAUGGGGAUGAGGAACAGGGGAACUCUCCAUCAAAGUCCGUCUCAAUCCUACCUAAGAAGGGAAUCCUAAAAAACAACCAACAAAGGGAAUCAGGGUACUAUUCUUCCCCAGAGCGCAGCGAGUCCUCUGACUUGUUAAGUGGCAACAUCACACCUCUUGCCGCAAGCUCACCACCAAAGCGAGCGGUUGGUAGAAAGGGCAUCUUGAAGCGCAAUGGAAAGUAUUCCACAUAUAGUGGCGCACCUCCAUUGGGUGUCCUUGGGGAACCAGCACCUUCAGAUUCUGGUUUAUCCCGCAGUCAGAGUCGUCCAUCUAGCAUCGUAAGGGAGGAAAGCGACACCAUCACCAACAGUUCCUUCUGCAGCACUGAAUGGCCCCCACCCAGAACCCGCCCUAACAUCAGAAGCUGUCUGUCUGCAGAAAACCUCCUCCAGCUGGCCAACUUUAAAGGCCUCCAGGCAGCUCCUCCCAUGCAUAGUGGGAAAUUCAACCGAGAUGCACAGGGCUCUCCGGGGGAUAACAGCAGCUUCUCUUUGUUAGGAGAUCUUGAUGAUAUGACUCAGGUGUACCAACAAGCCCUGGAUAUCAGCAACAACCUGUCAUAGGGAUAGGGGGCCGUUAAGGAGGGGCCAAGAAAGAGAAGGGGGAGCAGAUGGAUGAAGUUUGUUUGGCAUGUUGUUGACGACCAGUGCAAAACUGGGAUUCUAUGAAUGUGAGUCCUUUUUUUCAUUGGGAUGAUAUAGGAGGUUACACACAACCAAACCUUAACCCUAACUCUAGUACCUGAUCCUUCCUUACCUUAACCUUUUCCUUAAUCUCAAACACAGAGUAUCAAGUAAAACUUGGGGAACUACAGCCUUGGGGGAUAAAAGGGUUUGAAGUAAGUAAAUUUGAUGUUGGUACUCUGGGAUGUUAUUCCCCUAUAGGCAAGAAAUUAAAUAAAAUGUUUACAUAUUAAGUAAAAAGUGAGUUAGCAUCACAGUAAGGCAUCAUAUAACGGCAGCCUUGAUGAAACAAGAAUAAGAGCCAACCUGAGUUUAUCAAGCACCUUAAAACUCUCACAGAGCACAUGUCGUUUUUGUGGUCUUUACUUCCAAAAAAGAAACCAGGGUCUUGCUCCAAAUAAACUGUUGUUGUGUAUUAUUUAUUAAUAUUUUUUUAGUAGACUUAGUGAUACAAAACUGGUGUGGUCUGGCAGUACUGGAAGAAUAUGAAAUCUCUCAUUGUCCUUGAUUGGAACUGACAUAUAUAAUUGUUAGUUUUCUUUAUAUGUCAUUUAAACUGCAUAUGUAAGAUCAAACUCGUAUUGAUCCUAUAAGUAGAAUCAUAUUUAUGGAAUUAUAGAAGUGCCUUUUUUGUUUCUUUGUUUUUUUUUUUUGUAAUUCAUAUCUAAUUAUGUAUGUCAUUUCCUCGAGGUGGAGAGAGAUGACAGAGGAAGCUGUUAUCAGAUGAACAGCAUUUUAUGAUUUAUUAUUUUAUUAUUUUAUUUUUGAGUUCGUAUUGAAUGCUUAGAAGAGGCCCAGGACCCCUGAGCGCAAAGCCUACCCUAUAUGACUACAACCUGCCCCACUACUCAUGACAUAUCAGUAUUUUACAGUGAGGUAUUCAAGAUGAAAAAUAACCAAUCUGUGAUCACCUCCAAAGGGAGUUUAUUUCCAAAACCCGUUGGGUAUUUCAAGGUUCCAGCAAGCUAGAUUGGUUGUUUUUGAUUGAGUCCUGACAGGAACAUGUGUGCAUGUGCCAUAUGUUUCUCUGGAAUGCUACUCUUGUGGUUUCUUGAGUAGGUUAGGUGACUGUUUAGGGUUUCUGGACACCUUCACCUUAACAAGGUCUAACACAAGGUAGAAAUGUCAGACACAAUCUCAGCUCCAAAGAAUGUUUUAGGCGGAGACAAGCUUGUUAGAGGUUUUCCAAAGCCAUUCGUCUGCAGGAACAUUGUCUCCUGGUGUUUAUAUGUUGAUACUUAGGGAUUAUAAUUGCUUUGCUCUAAGAAUAACGGAUUAUUGGUUCUCUGUUGAACUUUGAUGCCCAAAACACUCCUGUUAGAAAACAAGUAGAGCGAUUAGCUUCAAAGCAGUGAUGAGGCAGCAAAUUCCAAAGGCUCUUUAAGAGGCAUGUUUGGACUAGAUCUUAACACCGUGACCCAGAGAUCUUCCCUGUGUCGUUGGUUUAACAGGACAGAAGCUUUAUUGUUUCAGAAUCUUUAGUCCUUUGUUUAUUAACGUGCAGAAUUUCAAAGGGAUGAAAGUGCAAUUUUAGUUUAAGCUGUUGUCUUAAUGUCUUUUUAGAAGGUAAGUGUGAAGUAGCUGGAGUAGAAAGAGAGGUAUUUACUAAGGUAUGUUCGUGAAAGCUUUUAUGGAUGGAGGACGCUUUUCCAGUAAGAGAGACAAGUGGAAUUGUUGACUGGAAAGGAUGAGGUAGCUUUUUAUUUUGCUGCAUGUUCAGAAUGACUAGUGCAAGUGUAGAAAUAGUGAGAUGAAGAAAGUAGAUGGAAGGAUAAGGGAAGUAUUUUGUACCAAAGAAGGUGUAUAUCGAUGCACAUCAUGAUUUUGCCAAGUACGAUGCAAUCCUGGAUUAGUAUCUAUGUUGAUCCUGGAACAUCAUUUUUUCUCAAAAAUGUAAUCCAUACCAAUUCUCAGGGCAUAAUUUGUGCCGGAACACUCCAGAUCAGGCACCUCUUAAAUUUGAUCCAGCACCUCAUUUUACCAAUCCCCCUUUUCAACCGCCCUCCUCCCUUGUCCGCUGUUCACUUUCACUGUCUUCCACGAUUCCCCAACUCUCUUCCUUUUCAUCUGCGACAACACCCCCAUCCCCCCUCUGGACUUUCGUCGGCGGCACCCCUUCGCCAUCCAACGCCCUGCCAUCACCUUCCCCCCACUCUCCACUUUCAUGCGCAAUGGCACUACAUCCUUGGGUAAAAUAACGAAUCCCUUACCCCGAUCUGUUCCGAGACCUUGCAAUUCACAAAUUAAGCAAUGCCUAUUCACUACCCCUAAACUCAACCACAAUGGUAAAUUAUUCACAAAAUCAAUAGUUGGACAACAAUCAUGUUGAAAUGCAUAAAUCUAACCGUAAGCCUAAACUUAACAUAAACUGUAAACAUAUUCCUUAAUUCUGAUUGGCUAUAACAUUUUAAUCCAGGAACAUGUCCUACUUGGUGAAAUUAGGUUGGUGGCUUAUGGACACUAUGUCAGAUAUUACAGGAGAGGUUAAGUUUGCUGAACCUUUAGAAAAUUUCUGUCAUGACUUAACGGUCAUCAUGUUUUAACUUAAUAAAUUAGGUUAUAUUGUUUGAACUUAUUUUUGUAAACUCAUACGAGCUGUUUUGAUUCUACUUAAAUGAACCCAACCAGUUCUUGUUCAUGUUGUAUCAGCAGUAAUGGACAAAUUUCAACUGGAAAAAGAUCACAGGAGGCAUUUCGUUCAAAGGAGGUCCUGGGCAGACAUAAUAGACGCACCUAAUGUGUAUCGUAUCGUACUGCAUUUCUGUAUUGCAUUGUAUUGUCAACUGGAUUCAGUGAUCGAAUUAUACUAUGUUAGUAUUUUUAUGUUAUUGCGCUUUUGUUUUUGAUUCUCCAAAAUAUUAUUAUUAUUGAUUUACCAUACGGAAGAACGUCGUGCGUAUAAUCUCUCCUGAUCUCUACAGGUAUGUCUAGCAUUGGCAUAAAGAGAAGAUCAAUCACAACUACUGCAGUUUCGUCAGGGUCAUUUGAUGCGUGUCAGAAAUCUCAAACGCCGCCUCACAGAUCUGACCCAAUAUUUGGUGUCACGAUAUUCACGAUCAACCUUAUUUGUCUUAGGACAAAGUUGAGCAUCCACCCAAAUGUGCCAUCGCUAACCAUAGUGCCAUCAUUACUGAGAUUAACAGAGAGGCGGCCAUUGCAAAUCAAAUGCAAACAUGCUUUCAGCCAAACUGGAAAUACCUGGUGCAUUUUAGUCCAAAUUAGCGGAAAACUUGACUGGAUAUUGUGUAUUGACAGUACUGAAAUGGUAGUAUUAUGUUAUUUAUGCAUUAUUUUAUUAUGUUUAAUUACUAUUUGUUUUGAUUAAUGCCAUAAUCUUUUUUUGGGGGGUUUGGUAUCCGUUUGAAAAACCUGGACUGCCAAGGUUUUUUUCGUUCAGUGCCUUUGCUAUCUUUUGUUUAAUUUUUUUAUAAUAAAAUUAUUACGAUUGCAUUUUUAUACUCUAUUUAUUGGUGGUGAAGCCAUUUCAUUUAAAAGCACUCAUAUGAAGUGUGCAUGUGCGAGUGUGUGUUUAGACGCAAACAAACACUGAAAGACAACUGGAAGAGCAAAAUAACAGAGAUGGUGCAUUGCGGUCAUGUGGUUGGCUGUGUUGUAAAGCUUUGGUUGUGUAUUCAGCUGCUUUGGUUGUUGUUUGGUAGAGAUAUCUCGCUAACCAGCAGUGUUUUGUACCACAAAACCAAAUCUGUGUAAAACCAACUCAAUAAACUGAUUUCAAAGAAAGUGA